AUGUUGAGCAUUUUAAAGAUUUUUUUUUUAAAAGAUACAGUGCUAGUGCACACUUCAACUACAGUGUCAUGUCAACAGUGUUCAUAUGUAGCCGAAAACCAAAAAUCUGAUGUAAACAGCUGUUUACAUUUACCUGUUUCAGAUGCAAAGGGGCCUCAUAUCCAGUCCAGAGGCAGCUGGAGCCGUGGCCUUGGCCACGCCAGCAUCCCCGAUCCCUCACCUGAGCUGCAGAGAUUUUUUUUCCAAUUUUGGUAUCGUUACUGCGAUCUUCCUCAUCUGCAGCAUCUUAGUGCAGGUCAGAAUUGCUGUUUGAAAAAGUUUCUGGAGAUAGGAAUCCAGUUAUAA